AUGCAGCAUGCGCGACUCGAUGAAUCCGCUCCAGAGAACUUGAACGAGUCGCUUGCUACCUUCGAUCCGAUUUGCCCGUCUACUUCCGACUUUCUUUCUGCGUCGACCCCACACAUUUCGUCUGGGUCGUCCUCCACCGGAACGGAAGGAACCCACAACUUAGUAACGCCUUCAUACGAAAGCGUUGACCCGAUCGUGGUGGACGCACAGACUCUACCAACAGAUGCUUUCACGUUUGAUCAUGCAGAUGUGUCGCUUUGGGCCAGUGACAAUGCAUGUGCGUCGCCUGCGUUUGACUUUGGCAGCGAGAUCAACACAUCGUCACCUUCUGCAGCUGCAUGGCAACUUGAGAAUCUUAUACAGAGGGACCCAUCUCCGAAUAGCCGAGCUCACAAACGGAAAAGAGACUCAGACUCGUCACUUGAUGCAUCCGAGUUGAUGGUCAAAAACCUAUCGCAAAAUGCACUUUGCGAAGAUCUCUACAAUCUGCUUGAGUCUGAGCUUCCCCGCUGGACGCGUGAGGGACUCUGGUAUGAGGCAUCGCAGGACCUCGCUGAUCCUUUAUCAACACCGACAACAGAUGCCACCUUAGCAACCCCAUUAACUUACUCAAAGCUAGAGCGGGCAUACCUUGCCGUGUGUCAGCUGAACUCCCGCAUGGGCGACGACGUGAUCCGCAACCGCAUGGCACUCAUACAACUACAUCUUGAAUACACAGAAAUACAACAGGGGCGGCGGCACACAUCAGUCAGAAACCGCGUUGAAUCAACCGUUGGACGGGGCCAUGCAUCGCAUGCCAUCGAUCGCAUCCUAGAGAAUAUCCACGAGGGAUGGAGUACACUGAGUCAACGCCGGCGGGCGGAGCUGCGAGCCAAAUUCCAUGAUAGGAAGAAGUAUGGAAAACGUUGGUCUCAGCUUGCAGACGCCUUUGGUCCAGCGAUCCUGUUAAUUUGCUCUGCGAAGCUGGCCAGUGCCGUGUAA